AUGGCACGCAAACUCAUUGUUCUCGCUCUUGUCUUUGUCACCAUUGUUGGGUUGGCUGCAGCUGCAGCACCUGCUCCUUCCACAACUGACUUUCCUCCAGCUGCAGCCCCUGCUCCUCCCACAACUGACUUUACUGCAGCUGAGGCACCUUUAAGCAAUGAUUUCAUCGGUACUGAUGACGGUGGUGCGGCUAGUGCACCUUCCGCUGAUGGUACCACAGUUGUUCCAGGACCAAUGGGGAGCACUGCAGUAGCUGAGGGUCCUUCUGAAAAAGAUGGUGCCGCCACCCUCAAGUUCUCUGCCGUUGCUGGAGUUGCCGCUGUUGCUGGCUACUUCUUCUUCUUCUAG